AACACGUCAGUGUCAAUGUCAGUACCUGGACAACCAGGUAUUCAGGCACGUAUUCAGUUUAUUUCAUUUUCAGUUCUGAAUAACACAAAACUUCAGUAAAUAGUGUUAAAGUUAUAGUUAACAGCACAAAACAAUACGAAUUAGUCAGUAGCUAGCUUGAUAUAAUACAAUGGAUCUUACUAUAUUUAUUUGGACUGUUAUUGUGUACGGUUUAGCGGCCGCUGCAAGUUUACUUUUGAUGUUGUCUGUCAUACUGUACUUGAUAACCAACCCAUAUCCUGUGGUGGAGAGGUUCCCUGAGGAGAGCACAUUCAAUGACGCGAAAACAAAGAGAAAACUUCCAUUCCCGAACAUUGCGGAGCCAAGCAGUGUGCACCUGAGUGUAGUAGUGCCUGCUUACAAUGAGGAAGAGAGGUUGCCGCCCAUGCUGGAUGAGGCGAUAGAAUUCUUAGAGAACCGAGUGAAAGAGCAGCCUUCAUAUAAGUAUGAAAUAAUAGUAGUGAGUGACGGCAGUAGAGAUAAGACAGUCCAAGUGGCUGAAGGGUACGCUGAGAAGUAUGGGAGCGAGAAAGUGCGGUGCCUUCCACUGAUCAAGAAUAGAGGAAAAGGUGGUGCCGUCCGACUGGGUGUUGAAAGCAGUAGAGGAGCUAGUAUUUUAUUUGCGGAUGCAGAUGGAGCAUCCAAAUUUGAAGAUUUAACUAAAUUAGAAGGAGCAUUGUUGGAUCUCACAAAGUGUGACCCACUGGUCCAACCAGAUAAACUGAGCAAUGAAAUAGCUAUUGUCAUCGGGUCUAGGGCGCAUCUUGAAAAAGAAUCUUUAGCUACGCGUAGCGUAUUCAGAAACAUUCUAAUGUAUGGAUUCCACUUUCUGGUGUGGCUGUUUACCGUUAAAGGCAUCAAGGAUACACAGUGCGGCUUCAAACUGUUCACUAGAAGAGCCGCCAAUAUUUGUUUUAAGAGUUUACAUGUAAAUAGAUGGGCGUUCGACGUAGAAUUAUUGUACAUAGCACAAAAACUAGACAUUCCAAUUGCUGAGAUUCCAGUGAGAUGGACAGAAAUCGAGGGCUCCAAGGUAACACCGGUACUGUCCUGGGUACAGAUGGGAUGUGACCUGGGACUCAUUUGGCUCAAAUAUACCAUUGGAGCGUGGAAAAUAAGUCAGAAAACAGAGUAGACGAAUAUUUUUGUAAUUCGAAUAAAAAAUCAAAUAUUUUCGGCCGUGAACAAUUUGGAGCCAUAUAAUGCAGCUCUCAAUU